GGUUUAUAUGGCGGGUUUUUCGCGGCAAAAGGAAGAAUAACCUUCUUCAUGUUUGCUGUCAAGAUUAUCUGAUAAGAUGGCUAAAAGUAAAUAUGAAUAUGUAAAAAAGUUCGAACAGAACGAUCAGUGCCUUAUGAACUGCUGGAUCGUUAUUCGAAUCGAUGGAAGAAAUUUUCACAGGUACACGUGCAAAUACGUUCCUUACCAAAUCACUUGAUGGUUUUACUUCAUUUCAUUCUAAUUUAUUGUAAUUUCAGAUUUUCCGAUGGGCACGGUUUUGAGAAACCAAACGAUCAAAGAGCACUGCAGCUUAUGAAUAAAUGUGCUGAGACAGUGAUGAAGGAAUUCACUGACAUUGUGAUUGCAUAUGGACAGAGUGAUGAAUACAGGUAAUGUACAAAGGAGGGGGGGGGGAAGGAGGGGAAGGGGGAAGGAGGGGAAGGAAGGGAGGGAGGGGAGGGGUUUUUGAAGCUGGGGGGGGUGAUAAGAUUGUGAUACAGACCUCAUGUACAUAAUAGCAGUGGCAACAGAAACCUAGGGUAAAGAGGGCCUGCCUGCAAGGAUAAAGGGGCGCUCCCUUAAAACAAUUUUUAUGAUAAUUAUUUUAACCCUUGAGGACUAAAUUUGGUUGAAACAGAGGGAUAGAGGGGAGUUCCGCUCCCCAACCCCCCAAUAACAGCUACUCUUAUGUGACGUUAUUUGCAGUAAUGUGAGCACAUUGGUUGGACUGGUUCCUGUUGUAGUGAAUGUUUUUAUUUUUCCAUUUCAGUUUGGUUUUCAAAAGGAGCACAACACAGUUCAGCAGAAGAGCAAGGUGAAAACUGAAACUGAUCUUUUUCCUUUGAACACUUUGACCUCUACAAGCUACUAGGAUCAAAUUUGUCCUUACAAUAUCACAAAAUCAUAAAUGAGAAUAAUGGAAAUGAUUACUGACUUAAAAAACCUCUUGAUUAUUAAACAAAUUCUCCUUGUCAGCACCCUUGGAAAUGUACAGAGAACAGUAUGGAGAAUUUGUACACUAAUGUCAGGGUGUUAAGGGUUGAUAUUUUACUUUCAAACUAAUAUAUCAACAUCUUGAUAUGUUAUCAGUGGUUAUAACUAUGAUUAUGAGUAGAAAUUAUUUCUUCUAUAAUUUGCUGAUUAGUUUCAAAUACUCUUUACAGGGUCACUUACCAACAAGUAUCUUGUAUACACCUAAUAAUAAUUUUUUUUUAAUCUCUUCUUCAGCAAGCUGGUUACGAAUGUUGUUACUCUGUUCUCUUCAUCCUACGUAUUCUAUUGGAAUCAAUUUUUUCCUACCCAAGAACUGCUUUAUCCACCCAUGUUUGAUGGACGAGUUGUACUUUAUCCCAGUGAGAAAAACUUAAGAGACUACAUGAGCUGGAGGCAGGCAGAUUGUAAAUAUCAAUAUAUUAUAACAAUGAUAAUUUGGUUUUAUCAACUGAAUUGAUGAUGUAAAUUGGCCACUGUAGGUAAACUUCAUCAUAGUGUCUGUUUGAUUUCUGUAGGUCACAUUAACAACCUCUACAACACAUGCUUUUGGUGUCUGGUAAAGCAGUCAGGUCUAACAGCAGAGGAGGCAGAGGAGAGACUAAAUGUAAGUAAAGCUGAUGUGUCUUGAUUUUUCAAGGCAAUCUGUAUUAUGAAGGUUGUCUCACACUCAUCAUGCCACAUAACAUUCUUCUUUUUAGUUUGUUAAAAUUUUAUGUUAGUUCAUAAAUUUUUACAACAGGGUAAAGUUGAGAAUAUUUGGUGGGGCAGCUUGGAUUCCAACUUAGCUGUCCUACUUUAAAGUAACAAAAUGCCUUUUCUCUUAGAACUUUCUAUCAACUCUAAUUUUAAAUAUUUGUUUUGAGAUUCCUCUUCCCAGAAAAUUUCCAAAAAUCUUUGGUAGGAUAGAUGUACAUGUGUGUGUGUGAUUGUUUUUCUUUAAACACAGUAUCUAAACACCACAACAGACAGAGGCUUGUUUUGGGACCUGACAGUUUAUUAAAUGUUUGUAUUCUAUGUAAAUAACACACUAGACUAUUACAUAAAUCAUAUUUGACAGAUACAAUAAACCAAGAGUCCAGUAAUCAAGAAUAAUUAACAAACAUGAAUAAGAUUAAGAUACAACCAAAACUGUCAAUAGUGUGGGUGGGAGGGAAACUAGAACUUUCUUAAAGCUAGAAAUAAACUUUUUGCUUGCUUGCUUGCUAGAUUACUAAUAAGACAUGCACAGAUACCUAAGUGGUAAAAUACUAAAGUAAUUUUGCAAUUAGAAUGCAUUAGCUUGGUGAAUAGCCAUUGGCUCUACCCAAGUCUUAUGACUUGUUUGCUGAAAAAAAUUGCUCAAUCUUAUGGAAAGAGAAAAUACUAAUAUGCACCCUGCCUGUACUCAGUCCAGGCCUCUCAGUUAUCGAUGUCCAGAUUCAUAUUAAUAGACAUUAAUAUUCACAUUUGAUAAACAAAAAUGCGAUGGUCAGCAAAUUCCCCUUGGUACUGUAUGGCACAUUCAAGCUGUUUAACACAAGAGAGAAGCUAUAUGAAAGGCCCUAACUUGUUUCCUUUAGUGCCCCAUUUGGCCUUUUCUCAACAUAGCUUGCAGUGCAGGGAAAUUUUAGGCAUUCAACUGCUCAAUAAUUCUGCAUGAAAUGUUUGUCUAUUAUCUUGCAUUGUUAGUGAAGGAGAACCUAAGGGGAUGGAGCAAAAUGUCUACUUAUGCAGUGGAAAAAAUGGCCAGGGGAGCAACAGUUCAUUUCCUGGCCCAUCCAUCUCUGUUCAUUCUAACCCCAAAUCAAACCAAACCAAUGCAAGCACCAGCACAGCAAGCUUGUGUCUACAAUGAAGAGAGACUCAGUCUCAGUGGAGUUUAUCCAUACUCCAUAUCUCCUUGCUUUACCAACUCCUCCCUCUCCCCUUACCUUGAGUGGGCUUAUUUCUAACAGUGCUGUUUUCUAUCUCCUUUAAUUAGGGAACUGUUUCCAGUGACAAGAAUGAGCUUCUCUUCUCUGUAUUCAACAUGAAUUAUAAUAACCUUCCUCAAAUAUACAGAAAAGGAUCAGUUCUGGUCUGGGAAAGGGUAAUACUAUUUUCUAAGUUUGUUUGUCAAUUUUAAUUUCCAUUUCAUGUAAACCCUUCAACCCUUCUCAUGUUAACAUCAGCAUUCAUUUUCUCCAUAUUGUUCUCUCUACAUUACUUACGAUGCUGACAAGGAGAAUUUGUUUUUUAACAAUCAAAAAUUUGGAUCAAUAUCAGUAUCUGGGCAACUGCCCAUCUACCCCUCCCUUAACCCAACAAAAGUGAAUUGAUAACAAGUUAGGGUUAAUGUUGGGUUAGGGCAGGGGUAGGUGGGCAGUUGCCCAGAUACUGAUAUUGAUCUAAAAAUUUUUUAAAUGGUGAUCAUUUCAUUUUGUGACCUUAUAGUGCUUGAUUCAGGGUUGAUAAUGUGAGGAGAAAUUAGAGAUUGGUCACUCUUAGGGUCUAGGGUUAAACCCUUAAAAAGACCAGCAUCUAAUUUCUCCUUGUGGUAACACUGCUGAGUAAUUCAUUUAGCUCAUGAGAAUGAAGGAAAUGAUCACCAACCUAAGAAGCUUUGAUGGUUAACCCUUUUACUCCCACAAGUGACCAAGACAGAAUGUCUCCUUACAAUAGAGAUACAAUAUCAAGCAGGCAGGUGAUGAGAAGAGAAAAGAAUAUUAAUCAUGGGUUUAUUAGUUGAUCCAAUACCAAAUUCUCAGAACUAACAUCAUGAGAAUUGUAUGGCAAAUAGUAAGGAGAAUUACUAAUUAGAUCUUGGGAGUGAAAGGGUUAGGUUAAUUUGUUGUUGUCAAUACCAAAGUAAAUGUACACAGAAGAGUGUGAAGAAUGUGGAUAUUGAGACUAGGGUGUCAAGGGUUAAGUUAUUGUUUAUAUUUUUAUAUUGUAUCCAUGUUUAUUUCCUGCUAGGUUUGUGACAUCAAUGACAAAGUUCAAGAAGAAAAUGCUAGAAAACCAAAGAGACAGAUUGUUGUCCACCAUACUGACAUUGUUGGUGAUACAUUUUGGAGUGAACAUCCUGAAAUCCUGGACAAUUAACCACUUUGGUGUUGUGGAAUAUCUUGAUCAAAGGACAUAUUUAUAAUGCCAGAUGCUAGGUGUAUUAAUUCCCCCUUUUUACUCCCAAAACAAAAGUAUGAAAUGGUGUUUGGCCGAGAGAAGUUUUACUGAAAAUAGUAAAAGAACAGAAGUAAUAACAAGCUGAAACAGACACAAUAAAAUUAUGAAUCAUACUAACUGCUGCAACU